AUGGACAGGAUCCCCGUCGAAAUCCUGGGCAAGGUCGCCUGCGAGGUGUCUCUAAAUCAUGACUAUGAUGCAUCGCCAAUAGCAGAUCUCAAAGCCCUGAGACUGACUGACCGACGAUUCUCCGAGAUAGCUAGGCCAUAUCUUUUCGAAAAAGCUGCCCUCUGGAUAAGUCUUGGGGCAACUAAGCUCGAGAUAAGCACUUUGCUUCUUUCGCACGCGAAGACCUUGGAAAUAGUUCAAUUCAUUGGGACUCUCUCUGCAGCGGAGGUACCAUUUUGGCCUCUAGUCCUUGCCGGAAUGAGACUAGGGGACUUCAAGCGUUUGCGCCAUUUCACGAUAGCAGGUUUUUAUAUCUUGGGAUACACACUGCAAAUGGAAGCAGUAAAUCAAUAUAUCGACGUUGAUGUGGCACCUUAUAUUAAGGGACUCGUCGAAGUCAGUGGGUUUGAGUGGAUUCACCAAGAACUCGAUCCUGCUCCAAGAGAGUGA